AUGAAUAAUCAAGUGUUUUUCAACUCCUCAGUGUUUGCCUUUCUGAGCCUGGUGGUAACAGCAAACUCGGCUGCUCAGAAUAACCACACAGUGGCCUGUUAUGUGGACUGGUCCAUGCACCACUUUCCCGUUGAUCCCUCCAUGUGCACUCAUGUUAUCUACUCAAAUGCUUAUAUGGAUUAUGACUCCAGUUUUAAAAUCAUGUCCCAGGAUGCUGACACUGGUAGUGCUUUGUUGGAAAAUCUAAAAAACAGGAACCCAGCUCUGAAGAUCCUACUCGGUGUGGUGGUCAACCAGUCAAGGCUUGGGCUGUUGUCUGAACAUCAGACCACUCUGGAUAGCUUUAUUUCCUCUGCAGUGCAAUAUGUAAAGGAGAGGAACUUCGAGGGACUGCAUUUGACAUGGGUUGAACAAACUGUCACUGAUGAAUCGCUCAGGAACACAGAAACUCUCACAAGUCUUCUUAAGGCAGAAUUGAGAAACAGGACUGAAACAGACACUGUCCAUGCUGGUAACAAGUCUUUGCUGGUCUCUGUGUCUUUUUUGGACUAUAUUGACCACACCAACAUCUAUAAUGAUAUGCCAGCAUUGGUGCUGUAUGCUGACAUCAUUUGCCUUCUGCCACAAAACCUGAACUAUCAAGAAGCACACAUUGGCAACACUCUCAACCUCUGGCAGACACGUGGAGUUGAAACCAAAAAGCUUAUUCUGGCCCUGCCUGCUUUUGUACGAUGGCCUGAGAAAAGACAAUAUGGGACCCAAUCCAAGACUGAAGACUUAAAUUUAGAGAUGGAAGUAAAGAAAACCUACAGUCCAGGGCUGAUUAUUGGGAAUCAGGUCUGCAAGACUAUUCAGAGUGAACAAAAGGAGUUAAAGUCCUUAACACAAUUUGAGAGUCAUCAGAGUCAUGAGGAAGAGGUGGCAUGGCUGCUGCAGAAGGGGUUUGGUGGUGUUGGGGUUGUCUUUUUAGACAUUGACAACUUCAUAAGCAACAACCUCUGUCCAGGGUGCACCCAAAAUGAAAUGACUAUUCUUGAAUCGAGAGUGAUCAAUGUGUCAUAUCAUCCCUACUUAAGAUGUGGCCAUCAUCAUCACCACCAUCAUUCUCGGGAUAGUAAUGGUGGUCAGAAGUCUAUUAAUAAUAGAAAAUCAUUAAUUAUGAAUGACAAAGGUCAUUAUUACCAUGGGCGUCGUCAUCAUGGACGUCGUCAUGGGGAGUUAAGCGAUGGUCAUCGUCACUACAGGCAUCAUCAUCACCAUGGGCAUUCUUACCAUGGGCGUGGUGGUGGGCAUGGCCCUCAUAAGCAUCGUCACCAUGGUCGUAAAGGGCAUUUUCAUCACAGUCAUAAUUAAUCUGCUUAAGAGCUCAGAAAGCUGAAUAUUGUUGUAGUGUAGCAUUAAGCUUGUGCUUAGAGAAUUUGUAUUGUGCUGUGAAAUAAUCAUUUUACCACUGUCUAAGACAUCAGAAAUAUUGCUUUUGUUUAAUGCUUUUAUGGUAAAUUCGUUAUAUUGCUGUGUAUACUGUUUGGGAUGUUCGAGUAAAUUGUAAAUACCCCUGAACGUUUUAAACCAUUAAUAAAAACUAUGAG